ACCACGGUAGUUCGCGUUAACCAAGCGAUAUUUUAUAAUUUUUAUAAACAGGCAACUGGAUGCGCCUUGCGAGAAAUAUUCGACUUUAAUUUUUAACGUUUUUGGGUUUAACACCUUAAUCCCCGAUUUGAAAGAUUCGCCUUCACCGGGAAACGCCGGUAAAGUAAAAUCGAUCCGAUGCGCUAUCGUUCGCGAAUGGGUGGCUAAUUUUGAUUGGGCGAGUACGAUUUUAUAUUCGCGAUGUUAUAAUCUAGCACUGCGAAUAAGUAAACGGGAAGAUGAAGUCGAUUUAUAUUAUAUGGAGCGUUUUACUCGUGGUUACGCUUCAGUGCUUGGCCCAAAACGUACGGAAAGACAAAGAGAAGACGCGGCUGCCGCCGUGCCGAGCGUGCAGAGUGUUCGUGGAUUCGUUCAAGAAGGGCCUCGAACGGACCGCCAAGUACAGGUUCGAGGGCGGCGACACCGCCUGGGAAGAAGAAAAACUCGGCAGCUACGCGACCAGCGAAAUUAGAUUCGUCGAAAUCCACGAGAAAUUGUGUUCCGAGGUAAUCGUCGGGAAAGACCACUGCUACGUGCUUUUGGAAGAAUACGACGAGGUACUGGAGAAUUGGUGGUUCAAACUUCAAAAAGAUAGGCCCGACUUGCUCGAGUACCUCUGCAUCGAUACAUUUAAAGUGUGUUGUCCCGACUUGCACUUUGGUCGGGACUGCACCCCGUGCAAAGGUUAUCCCGAUAAAGUUUGUAAUAAUAGCGGCAAGUGCAGGGGUUCCGGCACGCGAAAGGGCAACGGAACGUGUCAGUGUGACGUUGAAUACGUGGGCGAAUACUGUGAGCAGUGCGCUGAUAAUUACUAUGAGUCAUACAGGGACGAGAAAAAGUUGCUGUGCUCGCGUUGCCACGCGUCUUGCGACGGCAAAUGCACGAAAGCGGGCCCAGAAGGCUGCGAAAAGUGCAAACUCGGCUUCCUCCAGUCGGAAACUGGCUGCGCAGACGUUAACGAGUGCUUAAACGCGGAGUCUCCGUGCAGCACGUCGCAGUUUUGUGUUAACGCGGAAGGCAGUUACCGUUGCCUCGAUUGUGAUAAGUCGUGCGACGGAUGUCGGGGCGACGGGCCCGACGAAUGCGUAAACUGCGCCCCUGGUUACAAGAAACGCAACACUCUCUGCGUCAGCAUCAACACCGAAGACAGGAAACUCCACGUGUCGGUGUAUCGUUAUUUGACGUAUUUGGGGCUGUGUGUGUGUACUUAUAUAGUGUCCAAUAAAAAUAUGUAUUUGGCCGCGUUUAUUGGACUUUGCGUCGCUCUCUACAUCGCCAUGUCGGAGUAUGUUAACUCGGGAGUGUCUGAAAAAGGCGACGUCGGCGAACAGCUCGCGGAACAAAUUAUGAAAUCGUUUAAGGGGUGAAAUAAAUUUUGUUGACUGUCGAACCCUAUUUGAGUAUUUAAUUACAAAAUACCUUCAUCGAAUACCGCGUAAAGCUGUUGAACAAUGUAAAAAUAAUAAAUA